UUUAUUUAGUCAGUGUUCCAGUUGUUAAUUGCUAAUUAAGCUAUUUAGUUUGUUAUGCGAUAAUUUUAGUUUCGUUUUGGAACCUAUAGUUUGAAUGAUCUUUGAUUUAAUAAUUUUCCAAUAUUUGUCCUUUUUCAUAAAGUAAAUCUGCUUACAUACUGUAAGAGUGGGCUGUUCCUCCCUGCCUCAUACUACUGUAUAUAUGCUACAAAAUAGCAGGUGGCUAAUACAAUCUUGGUUAGAAACAGCAAAUGUUUUUUUUUUUUGCAUUUUUUUUAUAUGUAGCCUAUUAGAAUGUACUUGAAAUGUUAGAACACGUCCUGGAAGUGUAGCGUGCAAAAAUUUUCAGGAAACUUUUUCCCCAAAACCAAUUUAACACCCCUGCCCCUAGCUCGCCUAUGCCCUGCUUGUAUCGCAAAUCGUAUCGUGAGGUACCCAGAGGUUCCCAGCUUCAUAGGCAUAUUUUCUUUAUCCGCUGCGAAGAAUGAUUACUAUUAAAAAACACCUCGAAGCACUGCUGUAUAAGAAAAAAAUAAUAAAACAAAUAAAAACAAUGCGGGUUCACUGGUUUGAAUAAAUAUUUGUCUAAAGUCUUAUUUGAGGCUUAUCAUUAAUCAAGAAAAGCUUUUGCGAGUGAGCCAGAAGGCCAGUCGGCAGGCAUACUCUCCUCCUUUUCUCCGAUUGGGCGAGCUCUGGAGGGGGCAGUGCGUCGCGUCCCGGGUGUUUCAUCACAAGCUUCUUGCGUUCCUUUCCGUUCCCACUUGACAGGACUCUGGUGCACAGUCCCACUUGACCUCCACCUCUUGGCUCAGCUUGAUUCUUUGACCCGCUUCGCCUCCCUCCUCCCCUCCUGGUGGUUGGUGGACCUUCGUUCUCGAUUCCUGCCAACAUAACCACGAGCAGAGAGCUUCUUAUUGCUGAGGACCCUAAAAAAAGUCAAGGGAGCAACAAUCGCAAGUGUAUCAAAAUGGUGAAGAUGACAAUCGUGCUGGCAGUGACACUGCUGCUACUAGCAGCGGUGGCUAUAUUCUUGGGAGUUUUCUACGGCGUGAAUGACAGAGGGCACCAGAGCGACCACGUGUACCCAAAGGGAGCCGUGGCGGCCGACGCCGGACCGUGUUCUGUAAUCGGCAGUGACAUAUUGAAGAAAGGAGGCUCUGCAGUCGACGCCUCCAUCGCCGCCUUGCUGUGCGUCGGACUGAUGAACGCUCACAGUAUGGGAAUCGGCGGAGGUCUUUUCAUCACCAUUUACAACGCCACUACUGGAGCAGUGGAAACGAUCGACGCCCGGGAGAUAGCUCCUCGAAAAUCAACGGAGAACAUGUUUGGAAACAGCACUGAUUUGUCCCAAAAAGGCGGGUUAUCCAUAGCCGUUCCUGGAGAGAUACGAGGUUACGAACUGGCACACAAGCGACACGGCAAACUUCCUUGGAAGGAUUUGUUCCAGCCAAGCAUUGAUCUGGCAUUGAGAGGAUUUCCUUUGGGCAAGGCGCUCGCCUCGGCUCUGGAUCGACAUAAGGAAACCAUCAUCAAAGACCGAGCAUUGUGCGAGGUUUUCUGCAAGAGCGAUUUCGAGGUCUGGAAAGAAAACGACAUCAUUAGGUUUCCCAAGCUUUACACCACUUAUAGAAGAAUAGCGGAAGAGGGCGCUGACGCUUUCUACCAUGGUGAAAUCGCGGAAAACCUGGUGGCAGAUAUUCAGGCUGCAGGCGGAAUCAUCACAAUGGAGGAUCUGAGGGAUUAUGCGCCCGUCUUGGAUGAGAAGCCUUUGAGCGUGAACGUGGGGGAGUACACCAUGGCUGUUCCCAACGCCCCCUCCAGCGGCCCUGUGCUCUCGCUGAUAUUAAACAUCUUGAAUGGUUACAACUUGACUUCAGACAGCGUUGCAAGCACCGAGAACAAGAUUCUGACAUACCACCGUAUCACGGAGGCUUUUCGCUUCGCCUAUGCUAAGAGGAGCUUGCUAGGAGAUCCUGACUUCCUCAACAUUACCAAUCUCAUCGAGAACAUCACCUCCCUGUCCUAUGCCGACGAGCUCAGAGCUAAGAUCACGGACUGGACGACUCACAACAUAAGCUACUACGAACCUGAGUUUUACCUCCCCGACAACCACGGAACCUCGCAUAUCUCUGUGGUGGCGGAGGAUGGCAGCGCCGUAGCAGCCACCAGCACAAUUAACCAAUAUUUGGGCUCCAAAGUGAUGUCAAGGUCAACAGGGAUCCUCCUCAAUAACGAGAUGGAUGACUUCAGCUCCCCGCUCAUCACCAAUGGUUUUGGGGUUCCUCCAUCGCCGAGUAACUUCAUCAGACCAGGGAAAAGGCCCAUGUCCUCCAUGUGUCCAACCAUCCUCUUUGACAAAAACCACCAAGUGAAGAUGGUGGUAGGCGGCUCCGGAGGUACAAAGAUCACUACCUCCAUUGCUCAGGUGAUCCUGAAGGCGCUAUUCUUCGACUACGACCUGAAGAAAGCCGUGUCUGACCCAAGGCUUCACAACCAGCUCAGUCCCAACGCCACUAUGGCUGAGCCUGACUUUGACAAAAACGUCAUGGAGGGUCUGGCGAAGAAAAACCACGAGACUGAAUUCCUCAAGUCAACCGGAGCCGUAGUGCAAGCCAUUGUCCGCUACAAGGACGGACUCCACGCUCAGUCGGACCCUCGCAAGUGGGCGUAUGCCGCAGGAUACUAAACUCACUCGCUUAACGUCAACAUAACUGGACAUUAAGAUUAGAGACUUUGGGACUACUGCCAGUUGUGUUCUGCAACAACUCUCUCACAAUAAGCCUUUCUGAUUAAGUCUAUUUUUUGUGUAGCAGGACCUGAAAGAAUCAAACGUCCCUCUGGUGCCUUCUCUAUUUGGACGUUGCCUCAUCGCCGUCAUGACUUUUGAAAGGUGCAAUAGUGAAUGUAUAGAGCACAGCCUUUCUGUGACCUUUUGUCCGAUCAUAAAAGUGUACGAUUCUUUGCUAUUUAUGAAGGUCUUUUGUAAAUCAUUACUGCUGUCUAGUCAUUAAAAUAAGCCAUUGUGAUAUCCAGAAGACUGGUCAUUGAAGGGCGGAACUGCUUGGAUGCGCAGAGUGUUAGACUUGAAUGCCUUUUAAUUAUGAAACAGUUUUAUUGUGCCACAGAAUGUAUGGGGAGCAGUGAUACAGAAACAUAGUUGAAUAUACAGUUAAAGGGAACUUUGUUUUGGUUGAUUUUAGCGGCACAGGUGGACAAAGCGGUAGUGUUUUGCCUUAGGGAAGACUGCAUUUCCCGUGAGGACCAGCGCACAGUGUUGUAAAAUCCUGAUCUCCCGGUCACCUGCAGUUGGAUUGAAUGAUAUUUUUGUUUCCAGCGGCUUUGUGAGGAUGAAGAAAGGAUGAGGUAAUGAAUCCAGUUGUGGCUAAACAAUAUCACUUGACGAUGUUGAAAAUAAAAUUUAGAUUUUUUUACCAUGUUCUCCCACCGGCCCUCUGCCCCCCAACUCACGACUCGCUGACGAGUUCGGGUGAGGGCGGGUGGGUCACGCCAGCGAGUGAAAGCUGUGCCAAUGUUUAUUCUUGAGUGCACUUUCAUCCUGGUAGCCUCCCUUUUUCUUUUUUUGACUCAGACACUUUUUGUCUCUUUUGUUGCUCUGCCAUUUUUGCAGAAUUAAGGCGAAAGUGUUCGCGUCAACUUCCGUCUUUAUAAUGAAUCGGGAAAGGUGGAAGUGAAAGAUGCCGUACAGCAGUCAGCACAUUUGUAGUUUUUUUGUGUUGCAUGGUUCCUGCCACCCUCCUCAAAGUUAAUUAGUGUCGGUGAAUGCGAUACAGACCCCCUCAAGCCAUAACAGAGGUCAUUCAACUAGUUGUCAGUUAAUAUAUCACCCAUGUUUUGAAAAUAUUUUAUAAAAGUUGAAAAGUUCCCUAGUGUUGCUUUGAGAUAGCUAUCUAUAAGUAGCAUUACAUAACAUCACAACAUUUACCAAGGUUAGGCUCUGUGAGGAAGUGAUAGAUCAGCUAACCUAUUGGACAGGAAGAGGGAGAACAGGAAAGACUAGUGUAUGACAGGGCAUGGUGAGUGAGCAUUCAGUGCUAUUGAUUUGCUUAUUAAAAACUAAUCACUUGUAAGAAUUAGCUAAUUGUCAUUCUAAUUUAGUGGUGUCCAAACUAUGGCCCGUGGGCUAAAUGCAGCCCGCUGCCUAUUCUUUAUUGGCCAGCAGCAAAUUAUGAAAAUAUCAUUAUAUAUGACCCACGCAAGAAUUUUAAAUCCAGCCUACAUUCUGUUGCACUUUUCAGUGCCUCUCCAUUAGCUAAGGUUUUAAAACCUGACAUUUUCAAAUUAAUGUAGUAAACUGCGUAGAAUAUCAGUAAUUUGUUUGACAUAAACGUAUCUUAAAAAUUAGUCUAUCGUGAUGAAUGAGCAAUCGUGGUAGU